AUGGAAGCCGUGAAUGUUCUCUUCGAGACCCUCGCCAACAAAUGGCUUCCGACACAUUGGUCGCUGCCCGAAACUUAUGUAGACUUGAGCGGUCGCACUGUCAUCAUCACAGGAGCAAGCUCUGGGCUGGGACUCGAAGCAGCACAAUGGUUUUACGACAUGAACCCGGGAAAGCUCAUUCUCGCCGUUCGGAAUCUCACCAAAGGUGAAGCAGCGAAGGAGCAGAUCAUCGAUGGAGACAGUAAGAAAGGGAGUGGUACGCAGAAAGUUUGGGCAUCCACAGAAGGAAGGCCCGACGUGGAAGUUUGGCAUCUCGACAUGGCUGAUUUUGCAAGCGUCAAGCAAUUUGCCAAGAGGUGCAAUACCGAGUUGGAGCGAAUCGACGUCUUUAUUGCAAAUGCAGCAGUCUGCAAUGGUGACUGGACGGUAACAAAGGAUCAUUGGGAGGUCAAUAUCCAGGUUAAUAUUAUUUCUACCUUUUUACUGUUUCUCCGUAUUAUGCCCAAGGCUAUCGAAACUAGCAAGCUACCUCCUCCAAAGUGCGGCGUGGACCUGAGUCCUCACAUGGCGAUUAUCACGAGUGACACACAUUACUUUGCACCCUUCGAAGACCGCGACCAGCCAAACAUUUUUGCAGCGUUGAACACGAAGGAACGGUACACUGUACCGCACCGCUACUUCAAGACAAAACUCAUGAGCGUUCUCCUCACACGGCACCUCGGCAAGAAGCUCAAAUUUUCUCGCGAGAAUACAGGCGUCGUCUUUUGCACCGUUAACCCUGGAUUUUGUCGCUCCCAUAUCAUGGAUGCGACUGUUUCUCCCUUGACUCUGAAAAUUGUAUUCGCAAUCUUUGGUCGUGCAACGAGAGAGGGAGCAAAGACGUAUACUUGGGCGACCCUCAACGAGGAAAUACCCCAGGGUUCUUAUACUUCUUCAUGUAAAGUGACAGUUCCGUCCAGAUUGGUAUGUUCGGCAGAAGGAGAUCGACUUUCCGCAAAGCUCUGGGACGAGCUCGUGGCUAUCCUCGAUGAAGUGGACCCAGAGAACAGCCACCUAUGGAGAGAUUAA